AUGCCCUCACAACCUGUCCGGAUUGCAGGUCAUACCUCUGCCCACUUGUCCCUCCACUCCAUCUCCAGUGCCUGGGGGACGUCCGACCGGGGCAGGUCUGUGUAUAAGUACCUCAGGAGGCACCCCAUAUCUCGCGUUCCUCUCAACACACAAUCCCCCUCCGCACCCACGUCCACUCACACGACAAUGCCACCGUAUACGAACAAAUCCAAGCCCGUGUCGUACGCUGACGCGAUACGGCUCCUUUCAGACCCUGCUGUCCGUGAAGACGUGGAGGAGGCUUACACGAGGCUCACGCAGGCGAUGGGGACACUGAUGCAACGCUUCAGUACUGUAGCAAAGCAGAUGCACACGAUUGAUCUUCAGCGAAUCACUGCACCUCUCAAGCCUAGGUGGGACACUAUCUGGAAGGAAUAUUCUCAGGUUCUUUGGCAGUACCGCGCUGUUGCGGCUUCGAUAUCUGCUCGACUCAAAUUAUUGCCCGUUACUACCCGAAAUCCGGAAUUGCAAACCCAUCGUUCUCAUGAAGAAGCACUCCAUGUACUGCAAUCCUUUAUCACAAUCUCUUCUGAGCAUUCAAACCAAACGCGCUCACUUCUCGAGAGAACCUUGAGGUUAAUCCGAGAAAUGGUCUCCUUCCACAGCGACUUCGCCAAAGUCGUAUAUCAGCAGGUUUCCUCUGGUCAGAGGGAGAUACAGGAUCUGGCCUUCAAAAUUUCGGAAUUGGAAAAGCAGGUUCAGCAGGUGUUUAGUCUGAACCUCGAACUAGCCCAAGUGGGACCCGUGCACUCUAUUUCUUCUAUUUUCCGGAUCGUAAAAGCCCAUGGUAAAAAGCCAGGCAGAUCGAGGCUGCCGAAUCAGCCACUAGCAUUCACGGACGAACUGGCCAGAGUCGCCAAGUCAUACGAGACUCUCGAGACUAAACGCAGCGAGUUCGCACACGCGCAAUAUUGUGCAGAAGUCAGAUCGGCUCAGACCAACUUCCCCGCCCGAGUGCAGACGACGAUUGCACCUCUGAUAGCAGAUGCGAUCCACCAUUUCGAGUCAAGUCUUGUGCUCUUCCUUUCGAUAUGGGCGCGCCUGAGGACGGAUUGUUGUAUCAUCUUCCGGUGGCUGAAAGAUCCUAGCACGGAGGCGCCAGUGGUUUCGCUGUAUCAGGAAUCGGGGAAGGGGGUCUAUGUGUCCUUGGCGCAGUCUCUUGAUGUCUAUAUCGGUAGCCUUGAUCCCGCAUCCAUCACACCAGCGGCCUAG